UUAAUAAAUUUAUGUAAAAGAACAUUCAUUUGAAUUUAAAAAAAUAUGUGACGCGCGAAAACUCUGCCUCUAAUAACAUCGUUACGUAUCACUGUGACCGGGAAGAACAGCAUCAGUGCCUAGAUUUCUUAAACCGUAAGAGAAAACCAGUGUUAGUGUGUAUUUUUGUAUUAGCAGAGAGAAGUCUGAAAGCUGAUUGUUAAAAUGAGCAAUGAACAAGAUAAUAGUCUUGGACAAUAUGCAGUUGUUCGAUUUACUGAUGAGAACUCGAACUCGAUGAAAAUUAUUGAUUUGGUUCCUUCUUCCUGGAUCUACGAAGUUGACCAGAUAGGAUAUUUUUGUUUGUAUCCAGAUUCAAUUGAUUAUCAUCAUUUAGAUAACUGGCUUCUUUCGUUGAAAAGUGCCGAAAACAAUUGGAAUUCGUAUGCAAUAACUAUUAUUGCAUAUGCAAAAGAUUUAAAACAAGGAAAAAGAAGGUUGAAGAGAGCACUGAAGUCGGACAACGUGAAAAGUACUGAUGAUGACGUGUGUAAUAUUAAUGAAGAAUCAGUAAUGAUAUUGUGCAAAGAUUCCCUGCAAAAUCAGUUAAAUGUAGUGAAGCCAUUUUUAAUCGUUGACGAAUCUCCUUCGACAAGUUCUUCACGAGCUUUUAUCAAAACAAAAACAAAGAAAAAGCAAGAGAUAUCAUCAGCAGAAAAUGUACUUCCUUCAACAUCAAUCGCAAUGCUUCCAGUUAUAAAUGAAGAGACGACAGCCGAGAUUUUGAACGUACAACCGAUUUCAGUGAAUGGGACAGAUUACAUCGACUAAAAAUUUCAACAGCUCCAGAAAGAACUUACAAACCAAAUUUUAUCCGUCAAAAGAAGUAUUUUGUACGAUUUUGAUAAGAAGAUAAACGAAGUGAAACAUACAAUUAUCAUUAAUCAAUCAAACGCUAAUUACCAACCAGAAAGAAGCAUCGAAAAGUUAAAAGAAGCAUUAACAAUUGCUCUACCAACAGUAUCACUGGAUCACUUUUUAUAAUUAGAAAAUUUAUUAAUGGAUUCUCCAGAACAAAGAAGCAUUGAUGGCUUUGUUCCGUGUACUUAUUACUAAACAAUCCAAUUUGAAAGAAAGCAUUGCCAAAGUAAUGAGUUCAAUAAUGACGAAGGCAGUAGAAUUAAAAUAUUCGGGAACAGGAAAAAUAAUUAAUGGACAGUCCAAAAGAAAGAAACUUUAGCAGUAC